UCAUUCCAAACCACACCAAAAUCUUAUACUUCUUUCUCCCUCCUUGACUUUACUCUAGUUUCGUUCUAAGUAUGCUCUGAGGUUGCGGCUAAGUCCGAUCUUCCGCAUCAGAAAGAAUUACUAGAGUUUUUGUUUUGUCGAUACUCUCGCUAGCUUUUCGGCAAAAAAUGGACGAAGAGGCUUUGAGAGUACGUGAAUUAAUUUUAUUCUUUUGUGAUUUUUUUUACAUGGGUGCUAAAAUUUAAAUUGAUUUGAUUUUAUAUUUUUUUAUAGAUGGGUGCUGAGAUAUACGACCCUCGAUUGUAUAUCGAUCCUGGCCCAAGUGAUCGAAGGUAUUUAACCGGGCAAGAUCAACAUCGCUCCCGUUCAAUUUGGAACAAUAAUCCGGUAGACACACUAAAAUUAUUUCAAUAGUUUUAAAGUUUUUAUUUUGCUUUCUAUUGACUGACAAUAUUGUGUUUUUUGUUUUGUAGGAAUCACUUAUUCCCAUCGCUCAUCGAGAGACAUGUCGAUUGCCCCGUUGGCAUGAUCGACUCCAGCCCUAUAUAGAGAGGACGGGAUUGCACAUGCUGAGGCACUUUACGAGGCUUGAUAUUGACAACGAUCUGCUGACGGCAAUGGCAGAGCGAUGACGCCCCGAGCUGCAUACCUUCCACUUUCCCGAGGGUGAAUGACGAUCACCCUCAAAGAUGUUGCCAUCCUCACCGGGCUCCCGAUCACCGGAGAUGCCAUCAUCGACAGCUCGAAAAAACAGGAAGAUGGUUGGGGGCCGUUGAUUCAAGAGCGUUUGGGGUUCAACAUGCCGACCACCACGCCCGUCGACGGGGUUGGGCAUCCACCACUGAAUGCGGGGCAAGUAUCGGUCUCGUGGCUUGUUGACCACAUCCAAAUGGAGGUUAAUAUAGGCCCGGACACUCCUGAAGAUCAGGUGGAGCGGUAUGCACGUGUCUACCUAAUUGGUUUGGUUGGUGGGUUUCUGUCCCCCGACAAGUCAAACCGGUGGAUACAAGGCAUGUGGUUAAAUAUGCUCCUCGGUGACUAGGACGAGAUCGGGAAAAAAGGUUGGGGGUCGGCCGUCUUGGCUGGGAUCUACCGAGAGUUGUGUACUUGCUCGAGGUUGGGAGCGAAACAAGCUGGUGGUGCGAUGUUUAUACUCCAACUCUGGGCAUGGGAGCAUCUUCCGUUUUUAGCACCUCGAGACCCUCAGGAAUUCUGGUUGCCAGAUGAUGAGCUACGAUUUGUAGCAAAUCCCCCAUAUGGUUUCAAGUAAUUUUAAUUUAAGUUUAAUUUAUUUUAGAUAUGCAAUGGUAGUAUUUUAGUGAAUUUAGAUCUAUUCCAAGUAAGCGAAUUUAGUGAAUUUUAGUGAACUUAGAUAUCUUUAAAGUAAGCAAAUUUAGUGACAUUUUAGGUAUGCAAUUAUAGUAUUUUAGUGAAUUUAGAUAUCUUCCAAGUUAGCAAAUUUAGAUUUAUUCUAACCAAAUCGUAUUUAGCUAAUUUAGAUUAUUGCCAAGUAAGGAAUUUUAGUUCAAUUUAGAUGAUUCCAUACAAUCAUACUUAACAAGUAAACAUCUAUGCCAUAAAAAUUGCUUAUAUAC